GCUAGGUUCAGUGCGAAUUGGUGGCAUGGUAGUAAGUUGAAGUUGGUAGGUUGAUAGAGAGACGCGAUUUUGGAUAGGGUGGCCAGGACGGCCGGGUGGCCAGAUUAGCCGGGAAUUACGUUAGCAUUGUCAGAUCGAUGAAUUAUCCAACUUCCAAGGAAGCCUGCGACAGGAUCUUUGGGACGGCGGAAGAGAAAGCCAACAAAGAGAGGCGUUCUUCGAACUGCUUGUUCGACAACGACGUAGCUCCUUUAAGAGCUCUAUUUUUCCAACGCGUCCAUGCGCGGCAUGUAACCGAACAGAUAAGACGGAAUAUACUGUGGGGUAUUGUUCUGGCGCUACCAGGAAAUUUGGAGGGAGAGUUAGCCCGUGCGCCUGCGCCAUCUUUUGGAAGAUAAUUUCGACCCUCCAACGGCUGGUUGUGAGGCUUGGGUUAGCCCGGGUAGAGCGAAUGAGAGACCUGGUCCUUGCUGCGCCGCGCGGAACGGGAUCAGUGCUGCUGCAGUCUCCCCGGCUAAGAGGGCAAUAGUGAUCAGCUAGUGAGGGUGGGUUCUAGAAAAACUAGAAGCAGUCAAUCUCAGACAGUAUGUAUACUCCGUACUCCGUUGGGUUUCAAAAGAGCAAUCGUCGUCGGAGCGGUGGAUGUCUCAUUCCAAGAUCUGGAGAGAGAAAGAACCCAUGAUCAUCACCUGGUCCAAGUGUGCCUCAGGCCCCCGGCCAGCACGAGUCCCCCAUCUCUCCCACGGUUUCCUCCUUCGCCUCCGCAAUGGCGCCGGCUUAUCGCUUCUUGUCAUUCUUUUAAUUGCCAUUCUUUUUAGCCUUAGCCUUAGCUGGCUUUAGCCCCGAACCUAUUCCCUGCAUCUUCGCUUCCCCUCACUUUCCCAAUUCUGGCCCUUCAUUCCUUUCUCUCCAUCUACGAUCCUCCUCCGCCCCCAAUUCCAACCCCCGUCCCCUCCACUACGGUCGCAGGACACCCUCAACGAACCUCAUGCUCCGUUAACUCGCUCCCCGCUUAACCGACAGUGCGCGCUUACAAGUCUGGAACUCACUCGUUUCUAUUCCAGCUUGAGUGACAAGGUCCCUAGGGCGCGAGUUGUCGCCCUCCCCUCGUCAUGUUGCUCAAACCUGCAACACCCCUCACCAUCUUGCUGUUGAUCGCGUUCGCCCUCCUCUUGUUGUCGUGCCUAUCCACCCCCAUCAUCAAAGGCAUCCCACUGGCGACCUUUAACAAUGUCGACUACGGUGUAUUCGGCUAUUGUCAAGGCGAUUCAUGUACCAAAAUCCAUGUGGGAUACACUGGGAACAAUAUAGACAGCACCGGCGGCGACUUCAACCUUCCCUCCAGUACUCGAAAAUCGCUAUCUUCCAUCUUAGUCGUCCAUCCUGUUGCAGCGUUCCUCACUCUGGUCUGCCUCUGCCUUGCCGCCGCCGCGCACUUUCACGGUCCAUCACAUUCGCCGCGCUUCCUGCUUGCCCUCCUCAUUCUGCUCCUGCCCACCCUUCUGGUGACCCUCCUUGCAUUCUUGGUCGAUAUUUUGCUGUUCGUGCCGCACUUGCGAUGGGGUGGAUGGAUCGUACUGGGAUCCACUAUUCUCCUCGUCUCGUGCGGGGUGGUGACUUGUGCCAUGCGCCGCACCCUUGUCAGUCGCAAAGCACGGAAGCGUCGCAUUGCUGAGAACGCAGAGAUGAGCGGCGAGAACUACUACAACCGACAGAAUGCGGCCGCUGCCGCCAUAACUACUGCGCCGGUCGCGACGGAAACCAAGGAAGCCAUGGUUUCGGGCUCUCCCACCUCGGAAACGGGGCCAACAUUCGCCAGUUUCCGCACGGAAACUCGGACCAGCGACGAUGAUCGUACUCCCCUUAACUCUCGCAAUGCUAAUGGAAUGCACGAUGUCCCUCUGCCGCCGGAUGCGCCAUUUCCCAACCGCCAUGGGUCUCCGUAUCGCUCUCCUGAAGAAGAAGCCGGUAUGCCUCUUGCGGGCCCGUAUGGUAAUCCCCAGAUGAUGCGCAACCCUUCGGAUCCUAGGUUGCGGCCCCAAUACUCCGACGGAAGCAUGGGUUCUCGACGCGGGGGAGGUCCACCCGGGGUCGGCCUGCGGGGCCGGGGAGGGUAUCCUCCUCGUGGUGCUUACGGACGUGGUGGCCCUUAUAUGGGCCCGCCUCGGGGUCCUCCUGGCGGCCGCGGUGGUUAUAUGGGAGGUCCAAUGCCCCCACGUGGUCGUGGAGGCAUGAUGCCCGGUCGUGGAGGCCCUCGCGGUGCUCCGGUUUAUGCGGCCGGACCCAAUCGCAGUUUUGACUCCUAUGGCCGGCCCAUGGACGAGCCCUAUGAUCAAUCCAGAAUGGCGCCAGGUGGCCCAAUGCGCGAACCCUCCCCGGGGCCGAUUGGCAUGGCUGUGUCUGCGGAUAAUGUGGGUCAAGCCAUUGAAAUGCAGCCCCAAAUGCGCCGAAAUGACCAGUAUGAGUCGGAGCCGUUGACGGGCAAUGAGUUUCAUCCGCACGCGCUAUCUGUCGAUGGAGCCCACGCGCCUCUCGAGAGCCCAACGAGUCUCUACAGCCGUAAUGAUCGCAGCUCUUACGUGCCGGCUCGUGCUGGAUGGGGUGGCCAGGAAUCUAACCUUGCCCCCCGGCCUUCUCCCUCGCCCGUCCACGCUGGUGCUGGGCAAAGUUCCACCCAGUAUUAUGAAGAUGUCGACCCACGCUUUGCCCGUCGUCCUUCACCACAGCCGAAGUCGUCGCUUCCUUCUUCUCUCACCCCUGGAGGGGGUCAUUGUGAGUCCCUUCAGUAGGCAAAUAAGUCGUGACUCUUCGCUGACAUACACUCAGUCUGAUGAACGAGUCUUUUCACCUUGCUCCACCGGCGAUUUCACCGACAUUACCAUCUUUUCCUGCGAUACCCCUUCGAAUCCUCUGACUACUUACCUCUUCUUCUUGGAACGAUUGUUGAUUUUUCUCCCUAACAUCAUGGCAAUGCGGAUGGAGAUUGGAGUUUUUGGAGUGUAACGAUCUUACUUGGCGGUUCUCGUCUCAAUGGUUUUUCUUUCGAUUUCUUGCUUUGCUCUCGCAGCUUUGGGUCUCUCAUUCAUCCCGCUCGUACACGAUUGUUGCUUUCACAAAUCCAGCAUUGGUACAGCAGAUGCUGGCUAUUUUCUGCUUCUGACAUGUACAGAGGUUGGUUGACGAGAUGUACAGAGUCGGAUGUCAUACUGGCGACUUGUUGAUUCUUCUAUUUCUAUUAACUCGAAAAGCGCCUCGUGCGAAAGACCGCCAUUCAUCUUUUUUCUUACUUCUCUAAAGUCAUUAUUAUACCCGAAUAUACUUAAAUAGUUCCGUUCCAUCUCCA